UCAACACCGCAUACGUUUUGUGACGCUGUUGACUUAUAUUUUAUUAUUAUUGUAAGGGUUAGGUUUAGUGUUGGCGUUAGAUGUUAUUAAUUGUAAAUAUAUGGCAAGAUGUUGCACCACUUUCUGGCCGUAGCUGUGUCCCUUCUAUCCACAACCUUCUAAGUUAGAUGUUGGCGGAACCUGCACGCGCUGAAACGGGAAUGGCUGCCCUAGAUCGCCGGUUUGCCAUUCUUGAUUUUGUAGGGCAAAGCUGGACCUCUUUGAUCGACAAAGCGGCCCUAUCCACACCGGAAGGGACCUUUCUGGAAGAGUGUGACAAAAAUGUGAAGAAAACGAUGGAGACGACGCCUCUUAAAAAAGAGGACAUGUCUAUAUAUGGUCACUGCCCAACACAUGAUGACUUCUUCCUGGUGGUGUGUAUCCAUUGUGGGCGGCUGGUGAAACCACAAGCUUUUGAGAGACAUUGUGAGAGUCGACAUGGUCCCUUCGGCAAGCUCUACGGCCUUUCAUUCAACUGCUCUCCAGACCGGUCCCAGCAAGGUGAACCCCCUUCCCAGCACGGCAGCCUCUGUGAGGGUCAGGACAGGAGGCACCAGGAUGCCAGAGCCCCACGAGACCCACCACUAUGCUCUCCCCACCAGGGACGCUCCAAACCACAGCGUGAAGAACAAAGUAUUCAGCAGGUGGAUAACAUUUUCCAUGGAAAUCCUGCAUCGCCUUUGCAUUUUUCCAACCCCGAGAAAGAUUGUGAUUUGGACAAGCACUGUGGGAAAUAUAUACAACAUCAACAUAUACAUUUGAAAAUCAUUCAAAACUUGUAUAUGACCACAAAAGAUAUUUUAGGAAAUGUGUCGGAGGUCAAUGAUGGGCCAGUGUUAUGGGGUCGAAAGGUCGUUGGAAGGAGCAAAGCCUUUGACCAACUUGUGACAGAACUAAAGAUGAACUCAAAGCCUCGAGAGCGCCCCCAUCUGCCCAAAGAGGUUACUGAAGAAGGCUUUGCUCAGCUUGGACCUCAGUGCACUCCCUUUCACUCCAAAUGCCAAAUUAGGUCUAUGACUCCAUCAGGCAGUGCUGUAGAAAUGGAGCAGAAGGUCAUGCUCUCUGAGGAGUUGCAGGUGGAGUCUCUCUCAGCGGGUUUCUCCAGUGACGAGAAUGAUGAUGAGAACCGUAAAGAAUUUGUUCAUCUGCCUAUGAGCACUUGCCACCCGAAACCCCUAGGGUUUUGUACCUUCGGAGCAUGUGUACUUGGGCGUAGCAUGUUAGCAUUCGACAGAAGGCUGCUCCACCUGCGCUCAGCUUUCACUGCCAUGAUUGAGCAGCACCUCAGAGCUUAUCUGUGGAAGAAAAUGCCUCAGGUCUCAGAACUAUGUUCUUAUCAACCCCUUGUCACCACAAACACCUACAAUUCUAAUAAUGCCACAAACGCCUCACGUCCCAGCCAUAAGAACCCUUCUCUUAGGACUUGCGCCUCAGGAAAAUCAGAACUCCAGCCUACAAAUUACAACCGACUACCAACAAAAUCCCAGUCAGUCUCAGGUCCUGGUCGGCCACGCAACACUGUGGACCAUACCAGCAAACAAUCUUUGCAGGCCACAUUUAGGAAGCUUCAGGAUAGUCCCACAGUCAGUAAGCGGCAGAAAUCUCCCCUAGGGGAUGAGGAAUUGCCUAGACAGGGCAAAAUCUUGUACUGAACUGCGACGUCAUCUCCACAUGGACAGUUCAAUGACAUGCCUAGCAGUAAACCACAUCCAUCGGUAUAUGCCACUGAAAUAAAGGGGCUGAUCAAGCAAAACCCCAACCAUAUGCCCACCCACAUGACCCCUCCUCCUCCCUCAGAAUCUGAUAAAGGAGAAGCAUGAGGACCGAAUCACAGGACACUGGGGUAUGAGCAUAAAAGCAGGAAACAUAAGACCAGGAGCACCUCUCUUCCCAAAAACAUUUCAUGUGCCCAAAAAUCCAGCAUCCUCUUCUAUCUAUCCCAAACUCACUCCAGUCUGGUAUCCUGGGGUGGAGAUGGCAGACAAGGUUCAAACUCUCACACUGUGCCAAAAAACUUGGUGCACAGAAGCCAAAGCUUCUUCACUGAGGGAGUCUGCCUUAAACUGCUCCAGAAGCACAGGCUUACAGACAUGUAUUUGCCACAGACAUUAUGCACAUGAUGGACUAUAAAGGACUGUUUAUAUGC